AUGAGCGACGGCCAUCUUGACGGCGACGGCCCAUGGGGAACGGUUAUCCGUCAACUAUUAGUCCAGCACGGUGAGCGGCUCGGGUGCCUCUUAUUCCACGAGCCUAAGGGGCUCCUGCUGCUCCUUGCUAGCGGCGCCGCGCACUCAAUAUGGAGUAUAGUCGCCUUGUCGCGCUCCAUCGGCGCGCUUCGAUCCGCGCGAGACGCGCGAAUCGCGGAUGUGGUGAAUUUAGGCGCUAACGUAGCUAUAAAGCUGCGGAAGAAGCAAAAUGGGGCGCGGAAGGGGUUGCGAGAGGGGGAGCGGAAUGGGUUGCGGGAGGGGGAGCGGAAAGGGGAGCGGAAGAGGGAUAGUGUGCACUUAAGAAGUUCCUCCAGCGGCGUCGCUAAUGCAGCGGUUGCGCGGAGCGGGGAACGGGAGGCCGAGGGCGGAUCAGCUGAACGUGUGGGGAAAGGAUCUACGGCAGGAGGGGGCGUUAGCACUGGUAGCGCAAGAGCGGAGGGCGAAAGAGGGAUGGGCGCAAGUGCAGAGGGCGCACGAGCGGAGGGCGCAAGAGAGGAGGGCGCAAUAGGCGAGGGCGCAAGAGCGGAGGCCUGGAAAGGCGACCUGAAGGGGGUUCAGAGGGAUGGGGCGCGGUGGCGGCUAGACAGAGUAGCUAAAGGAUUAGAGAGACUGGAAGAGGCUGUGGUGAGACGGCGAGAGGCUGCAGCCCUGACCCGUGCACCAGCACAGGUUGACUCGUCUGGAUGCGUUGACUCGGUUGACUCGUCUGGAUGCGUUGACUCCGUUGACUCAGUUGACUCGUGGCGGCUACCAGCGGUUCGUAAGGGGUGGCAGAAGCGGUGGUGGGGCGGGCACACAAUGACGAGUAGCAGCGAGCCCUCGUUAAAGUCACAAUCGGUGCAGGGGGAGGAACUGGUGGCGGUGAGAGGCGUGGUGCAACCAGCGCACAGCGGUGGUGGUAGUGGUGGUGGUGGUGGUGGUGGUGGUGGUGGUGGUGGUGGUGGUGGUGGUGGUGGUGGUGGUGGUGGUGGUGGUGGUGGUGGUGGUGGUGGUGGUGGUGGUGGUGGUGGUGGUGGUGGUGGUGGUGGUGGUGUUGCUGCUUCCAAUGGCGGUGGUGCUUUUGGUGCUGGUGCUGGUGCUGGUGGGGGCAUUGGUGGUAGUGCGACGCCUGCUGGUGGCGGUGCAGUGCUGGGGGGGGUGGCAGCACGUGAAGGGGUGGAGUGGCAAGGGGUGGCGGAGUGUGGAAGGAGCGUGCAAGGGGAUGGUGUGACUGCAGGCGCGGUGAUUGUAGAGAGAGUUGAUGAGGUGAGUGAAGGGGCACGAGUCAUGAUGUCGGAUAAAGUUGGAGGCCUUUUUCAAGGAAUUAACAAGAAAGGCCUGCAGCAACAAGGGUUGGAUGGAGAAUGUUGGGGAAGUGGAGUGGAGUGGCAGCAGAUUGCCACACAGCAUGAGGUUCCCUUCUGCCUGGCGGAAUCUUCAGACACAUCAGCUCCACGUGUCAGCAUCCCAUUGGCCGAGUCCUCGUCCAAUCAGCAACCCCCUAUCCCUCUAGUCACCCUCCACUCCCACCUGCACAAGGCUCUGCCGCCCACUCUCGCCUCCGCCGCCCAUUUAAUCGCCGGGCGGCGCAUGCCCCUCGGGAUGCGGUCGGAGCACCGGGUGCUGCCGGUGAAUCACACGCUGACAGCUGUCGGCCACGUCCACGUCAGCAAGGAUGGCCGGGCGGCGCUGGUACCUUCUCCGCGCCUUCCUUUCUUCCUCCUGAACGAGAGUAGAGAGGUGGCACUGCAGCGGCUGCAGCAGCAACGGAGGACGCAGGUGAAGCAGGUAGCGCUCUUUGCUCUGGCUGCAUCUGCUGUCGCAGGCUUCAUGUGGUGGAGAAAGCGUCGCAACGAGAGGCGGGAGCGGGAGUACGCGCAGCAGAGGGAGGCUGCCACAAAUGACGCUCUUACAUUGCAAGGUGCUGGUGCUGCUGGCGCCUGGCCGGAGGAAUUCCCUCCCCUCCUCCCUGCCGCUGCUCGCGACCCGUCAAGCAGGCGAAACCAGCAGUUAGAGGAGAUUCUAGAGGCAUUGGAGGAGAUUAGAGAGGCUCAGAGAGAGGAGAGAGGGGUGGGAAGAGGGGAGGGGCAGGAGGAGGAAGAGGAGGAGGGGCUGGAUUUAGAUCCAGAGCAUGAGUUGCCUGCAGAGCAGGUGUGUGUGGUAUGUGCUGGGAGGGUGAGGAGGGCUGUGUUCAUCCCGUGUGGGCACCGCGUGUGCUGCCUGCGGUGUGCCAGGGCCGUUAAAGAGAGCAGCUCGCUCUGCCCCAUCUGCCGGCGGUUUGUGCGGCGAGUGUAUCAGGUGUUUGACACGUGA